AUGAGUAUAGAAGUCUGUCGCCUGCGUGGUGGAAGCCCGCCACUCCGGGAGGAAGUGGGAAGACAGGAAGACCCGCCCCUUUCCCGGCUUAAACGCCCCCUCGGCUCUCCCCUGCCCGCUUUCCUGGAGUCGCGAGUCCGCCGCGCGCUCCUGUCAUUAGUCAGAGCUUCCGCGGCUUUUCUCGCUGCGCCUGCGCGAUUCCGUCCCGCCCCACGCGCGGGUUCGCUUCCCAGUUGCCGCCCGGCCCCAGGCCCGCGGUUCCCGGUCCUCGCCUUCUCGGUCCGGCCGGCAGCCCGCGGCUUGAGCACCAUGCUCUUCUAUUCCUUUUUCAAAUCCCUGGUGGGCAAGGAUGUGGUCGUGGAACUCAAGAAUGACCUGAGCAUCUGUGGAACCCUCCAUUCUGUGGAUCAGUACCUCAACAUCAAACUAACUGACAUCAGUGUUACAGACCCUGAGAAAUAUCCUCACAUGUUAUCAGUGAAAAACUGCUUCAUCCGGGGCUCAGUGGUCCGCUACGUGCAGCUGCCGGCCGAUGAGGUGGACACACAGUUGCUACAGGACGCAGCAAGGAAGGAGGCCCUGCAGCAGAAACAGUGAUGGUCCCUCCCCUCCCUGUCCCUCUUCUGUUGGUGACCUUUCACCUCAAGUCACAGCCCAGGACCCCUCCCUCCCAUAUUUGAGGGGUUUUUGUCUUUUGUUUUUUUCCUUUAAGGGAUGAGUGGAUGAAAAUAAUAGUGGGGAACAGCUCUCCUCUGUUGAGGAGGGGAGGAUAAGUAGGCUGGGGAACUGCAAAGCCUGCCUUGUCCUCAGCACCUGCCUUUCUCACUCCGUCCCAGGAUAUGGUGGGAGAAUCGCCUAAAUCUCUCCAGGGCAGCAUGUGAUUCAUUUUGGGGGUGGAAGGAAUCUGUCCCGCAUCGGGAAUAAACUUAUGAUGCAUAUUUGA